AAACGACCUUGACGAAUUACAACUACUAUAGGUAGCGUUUUCGUUCUACUUCCGCGUUACUCUUAACCACCGGGGCCCAACAGCACACCUUCACUCGCUUUUGGAAGAAAGAGGAUGGCGGAAGCGAUCAGCGAUGUUGAACUCAAAAGGCAUGCACAGGAGCUGCUAGACGGGAAGGCGAAGGCCCUCCUUGACGAAAACCAGCUGACUAUGCGGGUUAUGCGAAAGCUUCUGGAGGAGAAGUUGGGGCUACCGGAGGGAAGCUUGGACGCCAAGAAGAAAGCCAUUGCAACAAUUGUAAAGGAAGCUCUAGAACUUGAGCCCCAGGCUGCCGCGCCAAGCGCCCAAACAUCCGGGAAGGCAGCCGCAGCAAAGCAGCAAAGCAAGGCCGGAGCCGAGGAGAAAGAGAACCGAAAGCCGGCAGGUGCCGAGGCGAAGAAGAAACCCGGAAAGCCGGUGCAGCACACCGAGGACAAGGAGGAGGGCAGCGGCAGGAAUGGAAAGGGAAAGGGUCGCAGCAGCAAAAAGGCCGCAGCAGCUGCUGAGGAGGAGGAGGAGGAGGAGGACGGGGGAAGCGCCGGCAGUGAGGAGGAAGAGGACGAACGGCCGAAAAAGCGCGCCAAGAAGAGCGGCCGCAGCUCCCCCGGCGCCAAGUCGGGAAGUGCAGCCGCUGCUGCGGGCGCUGCAGGAGGCGCCAAGCCCAAGGCCCUUACCAGCAAGUCUAUCGAGCUGAUGAAGGACGUGUGCAAGAAGGCCACCAUCAAGAUCGGCCCCACGCUGUACGCGCGCAAGAAGUCGGUUGCGGAGCUGGAGGACGCUCUGACGGAGCUGCUGGCGAGGCACGGGCUGAACGCACGCAGCGGCGAGAAGGAGAUUUCGCAAGUACGGCGGCAGUUGGAGCGCGAUCGAGACCUGGAGGGUAUCGACACCUCCAACAUCAUCAGUCUGGGCGGCGGCAGGCCGCGCAGGGCGGCGGCGGCGUCCGUGAACUUCAGGAAGAUGUUCAAGCAUGCCGACACGGAUUCGGACGAGGGGGAGCAGGAGG